GUGAAAUCAUACAAUUGUAACAACAGUAAUCCGUUAAUUUCUCUCUCAUACUCGCUUAUUAUCCUCUUCAUCCUCCUCUCCUUCCUUUCUUCACUGUUCUUUCAUUUCAGAUUUCACUGACUCGUGCUAUAUCAAAGUAGUUGGAAACCAAAUAUUCUUCUUCUCUUUCUCUUUCUCUUUCUCGCCUCCUCUUUUUCCCAGUAAAAAAAAAAAGCUCUUUCUAUCUCUGCUUUUCUCUCUCCUCAACUUUCUUCAUAAAACUUUCCCCCAAUCUAGAGAGAGAAACAGAGAUUUUUGUGCUUGGUUGAAUUUUUCUCUCUCUAUUUCAUCUAUCUAAGCUAUACCUCAAACAUAUUUUGAAAGCUAGCUUCUCAAAGAAGCGGUUGUUUAGUUUCCACAACUUUAUCAUCUUCUUCCCCUUUCUUUUCUUUAUUCCUCGAGUCUCAACGAUUCUCUCCGCUUUUAACACUAUAUCACGCUUCACUCCGCACGCCCUCUUCUUCUCCUACUCUUUUUGUUUCCUCUCUUCUCUUCCCUUUUCUUCCUUAAAUGUAAAACAAAUUCAAACUAAAACCCAGAAAGAUAAAAAGAUAAAUGAUGGAGUCUCCUCAAACAUUUCCUCCGAUUAAAUAUACGGAGCAUAGAAAUCAGACGAUUCUUCAGAAACAAAUCCGGAAUAAGUCAUACCCUGACAUAAAUAAUCACUCUGUUUACCCAAAAAUAGUGAGAAUCUCUGUCACUGAUGCGGAUGCCACUGAUUCUUCCAGUGAUGAAGAAUACGACGUCGCCGCCUCCGAUGACUUCCGACGACGUCGUAUUAAGAGGUUUAUUAAUGAGGUUAGUAUUGAGCCUUGUUCUUCUUCCUCUUAUGUUUCUGCUCCUACUGUUUCUUCUUCGGAAGGUUUGAGGGAGAGUGGUGGGGCCGUUGCGGAGGUGGCGGCGAACGGUGCCGUUUCGAAGAGGCCGAAGAAGAGAGGGAAAUGUUCCUCUGUGAAACAGGUACAGGGGACUAAUGGGAAUGGAAAUGGAGGGAAGAAGUUUAGAGGAGUGAGGCAGAGGCCGUGGGGGAAAUGGGCGGCGGAGAUUCGAGAUCCUCUCCGACGCCAACGGUUGUGGUUGGGAACUUACGACACCGCCGAGGAAGCUGCCAUGGUUUACGACAACGCUGCUAUUCAGCUUCGUGGGCCCAACGCGCUCACUAAUUUCUCUACUCCUCAUAACCCAGACAACCACCAACAACAACCGCCACAGGAACUCAAACCAAAGAAGCUUUCUCUCUCCACCACGUCAUCCUGCGUUGAUGAUGACGAAGAUGGCUCCCACCUUGCUCCCUCUAUCUGUUCCCCAACCUCCGUACUCCGGUUUCAGCCCGAACCCGAGUCUGAACCCAUCAGCCCGAAGGAAGAGGCCCAGGUAGUCAAAGAGGAGGAAAAUGUGCAGCCGUUGGGUCCCAUGGUUUCGUCACCUUAUGUGUCAUGCGUUGAUUCGUUGUUCCCAAGUGGUUUCUUUGAUUUUGACACAACAGUUCCAAGCGUGCCCGACUUGUUUGAGCAACCGGGUUUUGGGAGUGAUGGUGGACACGUGUUCAUUGAUGAUUGUAAGCUGGGGAUGUUCUUUGAUCAUCACGAUGAUGGUGAUUUCCUCGGGUUAUCGGGUUGGUCAAGUAAUGAUUAUUUUCCGGACAUUGGCGAUAUAUUUGGGUCCGACCCACUCGUUGCUAUCUGAGUCUGAUUUUCUUUUUCUAAAAUGCUUUUUUUCGAGUUUCUUAUUUGCCUAGCAAUUCGGCAAAAGAGGUUUUGUAAACAGCGGAAAUCAAUCGAGCAAGAAAAGAAAAAGAAAAAUAAAAAUGAAAGGGUGAAAAUAUGAAUUAGCUUUUUAGUUUGCUAUUUAAUUCAUAUUUGUUGGUUUAAAUUCGUUUAUUAUGUGUUUAGAAUCAUAUCAAGUAUCUUACUACCAACCAAGUGUAUUUAUCGUAAGUACGUAGACCCGUCAUGUUAAUGAGACUUUUUAUAUAUUUUAAUGUCUUUUCUCUA